AUGAAACUCAUCCUCGAGAACGACACGCCAUGCAAUACCCGCUACACAGACGAGACCGGUCGGAUACUCUACCAAGUCAGCACAUCCGGCAAGUACAUCAAGUGUAAAGCCAACCUCGAGAAGCUCGACCUCAGACAGGGCAAGUUCAUACCCUUCGCCAGCAUCGACUUUCACAACUUCAAAGACGACGUCCUCCGAAUCGGCCAAAACUGGGAAACCAAAUCAGGCGACUUUUUUCGGAAAAAAGGGUUCAGUUUUUACGGGCGAGACAGGAUAUUCACCGCUCCAGAUGGGAAAGAGUAUCGAUGGGAGAUGCAGGCUGAUCGAGCAGAGCUGUACAUGAUGGACGAAGCCAAAACCCGCAUCGUCCGCUACCACCGCAAAAAAUACGGAAUCUUCCACGACAAAGCGCCCGCCUCGCUCGAAAUCGAGCCAUGCGCUGAAGGAAUGAUGGACGUCAUCAUGCUCACCUAUAUCUACAUCGAGUAUCUCAGGAAUGAGAGAGACGAAGCUAACUCGAAGAUCGCGGCGGGUAAUAUCAAGGAUUCUAUGAAGCCUUGA